AUGCAGACGAGGAUCAGUAAUUCCCUUUUAAUUGGUGCCAUUUUGGGUAUCAUUGCUUUUGGCUAUGUUACCGACAUGGUGUCCCGGCGCGCUGGUCUCCUCUUUACCUCCUUCCUAGUCACUGUCAGCACAUUGAUGGCAACUCUUGCCGUGCAAGUGCCUACCUCGAACCUGUUGUGGUUCUUUGUAAUCGUCCGGGGAAUCUGUGGCUUUGGUGUUGGUGGUGAAUACCCGCCCAGUGCAGCAGCUGGUUUGGAAGAAUCCGAUGAUUUUGCUCCCCGCUACCGAGGGCUAAUCUUUAUCUCUUUCACGACAUUGAUGGUCACACUCGCUUCACCUAUCCAGAUGAUCAUAUACCUUAUCUGUUUGAAAGCAAGCAAUAACAACCUCUCCGUUACUUUCCACGCUCUCUAG